AUGAAACUAUGGAAGAGAGCUUCCGGCGUCCGAAAAGACCGAACAAGUCUUCUCAGAGCGAAUUUGACUUCUCGGUCUAUGCUUCGCAACCCGAGUAUAGAAACCGCAGUCAUCAAGGCUACCUCCCAUGAUGAAUCGAUCGUCGAUUAUCACGCCACUCAACAUGUUUUCACAUGGGUGAGGAUUUCUGACGAAUGUUUGUAUCGUGUGUUGUGGAUCCUGUUUCGUAGGAUGAAGAGGACCCACAACUGGGCAGUGGUGUUGAAGGGACUCAUGCUCUUGCAUGGAGUUUUUACUUGUAAGGUUCCCGGGAUUCAACAGAUCGGACAAUUACCGUCUGAUCUGUUGAAUCUUAAGGAGAAUCUUAAAGAAAAGCGUGGAAAUGUAAACGCGUUUAUCCAUGGUUAUUAUGCUUUUCUGGAUCAGAAAUCGGCCUUCAUAUCACUCCAUUCACAAGAACAGAUUAAACGUACAUUGGGAGACGAAACAAACGAAGAGCAAAAACGAAUGUUGAUGAUACAAGAUUUGAUUUGGUUACAAAGACUCCAAGGCUUGCUUGAUUCAUUGCUCAGGAUCCAACCGAAAUCGAGUCAAACGGUCAAUGUUCUUGUUCUUGAAGCCAUGGACUGCAUCAUGAUUGAGAUUUACGAUAUCUAUAGCCGAAUUAGCAUAGGGAUUGGAACCCUUCUCAUGAAGAUUUACCCCGUGGGAAAAAACGAGGCUGUAAUUGCCUUACCGAUUGUGCAGAAAGCAAAAGCUCAAGGCGAAGAAGUCUCGAUGUUUUUCGAGUUCUGCAGGGAUAUCGGGGUCGGUAACACCUCCGAAUGCCCCAAAAUGGCGCUAAUUCCAGAAGAGGUUAUUCAAGAGCUCAAAGACAUAAUUAGUGGAGAAUUAAAGCUUCCAAAAGAAGAGGUGAAAUCAGUUAUAGUUGUAACAAACAAUUCAAUAUCAAGUUUGAAAAGCGUAAUUACCGAUUAUGAAGAGCAGAAGAAAUCAAAUCCCGCUCUGAUUUCUCGUCCUGUGAAGAACAACACCAGACUCCAUGAUCCUUUCCCAGAUCUGAUUAGCCUUUAA